AUGAGCAAAGUCAAGGCGCCAAAAUCAAAGGGCAUGCCCAACAAGCACCUGCAUGCUCGCUCUACUUUUCUCUACCAAGCAGCCACAUACCUGACUCUGCAAACGGCCACCCAAGACGAGUUUGCCAUUGAUGUCGCACAAGACAAAGAAAGUCCUCCCCACGCUGCGCCCGCGACCCAACGACAUUUACCGCUCGCACUCGAGCUUGGAUCCGACCUUCAGCAAGUAUCGCGAAAAGGUCAGCUACGGCUCGCUGUCGAUUUGAAGCGCUCCAUGUGCAAGAGCUGUAACACUGUUCUGAUUCCUGGACGUACUGUUAGUCAGACAAUCGAAAACCCGAGCAAGGGUGGCAGGAAGCCCUGGGCAGAUGUUCUUGUCGUUACUUGCCUCAUUUGCGGUGGCAAGAAGCGGUUUCCAGUAGGCGCAACAAAACAACUCAAGAAGCCUAAAAGGGUGACCACUUCUACAAUUCCGUUGUCAAAAUCUACUUCGGAAGAUGGUCGUCAAUCAGACACUACCCUGGUCGCGGGUACUGAUUGA